AUGACCAAUCACAGCAGUCCUAUGAUUAUGGAGGAAGUGGAGGAUCCUAUAGCAAAAUUAGGUAUCAAUUUUGACCACAUCUGGCAAAAAACACUAACAGUAUCACAUCCAUUAAAAGUAACAGAUGGCAGCAUCAUGAAUGAGACUGACCUGGCAGGACUGAUGGUUUUUUGCCUUGCCUUUCGAGCUACGUUGUUACUGGCUGGCAAAACCCAGUUUGGCUAUGUAAAUAGGAUCAGUGCAAUCGGAUGUCUAGGAAUGUUUUGUUUAUUAAACUUAAUAAAUAUGACAGGGGUUGCAUUUUCUUGUGUGGUAAGUGUCCUUGGAUAUUGUCUUCUUCCCAUGAUCCCACUUUCCAGCUUUGCACUGAUAUUUUCUUUUCAAGGAAUGGUAGGAAUCAUUCUCACUGCUGGAAUUAUUGAAUGGUGUAGUUUUUCUGCUUUCAAGAUUUUUAUUUCUGCAUUAGCCAUGGAAGGACAGUAA